AUGCCCUCGGUGCAUUUCAGAGCGCUUAUAUGGGCGAACGAAUACAUCGAUACGUCAGACAACACUUGCUGGGAGCAGGGAAUCUUUCCACUCCCGUUUCCCUUGCGGGUGCAUGAAGGUGACACAGUGGUUGGGAAAUGGACAUUAAAAGGCACGAGGUUUGACAUGGUUGUGAAAAACUUUAUGAAUCCUGAGGACUUUCUUCAUCGAGAGCUCAAUACACGAUGUGAACAAGACUAUCGAACAGUGAACGAUGACAUGCUUCUCUAUGCCAUCACUCGCCUACUACCCUCUGUCAGCAGAUAUUCCUGGAAUUUGGAUAUCAAUCUUACCGAUGAGGAAGUCAAUGUUGUGAGGAAUUUACCACAUUUCUUGAUUGAUCCAAAGGACAUAGAAGAAUCAGGCGAGAUAGAUAAGCUAACUGCGAUCUUUGCAUCAGUGUGGCCUAUACGCGCAGAUGGGUCUGUGAGCGAAGUGUUUUUGAAUUCGCUGCGGUCCCUUCGGUGUAGUAAUGAUAUACCACCAUCUUUGAAGUAUUGCGGAUUUCUCACGGACCGUCUUUCUGCGCAUGGAGUCCUUGUUUCGUCCUCCCGUCUAUCGAAGUUGACCAGAGUGCAUCUAACGCUUUCUGUGGUGCAGACCCUUCUCCUAUCAGGACAUAUAAUCUUUUGGAAUACAGGGAUAUUGAUAUUUUUACCUUUGAACACCAUGUUUGCUCCAAUGAAUUCGCUUUCUUACACUUGGGAGAAGAAGAUACAGAGCUAA